CAUGCUCACAAUGUAUUGGCACUAGCCAAAGAAUUGGAACUUCCCCAUUUUCCUGAUUUGAUUCACCAGUUUAUUUUUGAGCAGAUGUGCAGGCCAGACAAUGACCAAGAUCCAGCAGAAAUUCCCCUUGCUGGCUGUCCUAGGUUUGCAGGGAAAAUCUCCAUCUUUAACUCUGCAUCUUCAAGGUUCUAUGUACCAAGUGACAUUAGUGGAAUUGGAGGCAUGCAUGUUGAACAUAUCUGUGCAUGCCCUUUGUGGCAGAACGAAGCUCCACACAACGACUGCAUUUUCAUCAACAUGGGAUCCAGUACAGAAGGCAUCUGA